AUUUAUUCGACAGUGAUAGUAAACGAAAUAUCAGCUUUCAGAAAUCAUGGCGACUCCCGCCGCUUUACCCCCGUUGCCUUUCAAUCCGGGUCGCAUACGAACAUACCUCCUCCGACUACCGCUGUUCACCAGACUGGUGCUGCUGGUCAUUCUGGCCUUCUGGCUGCUUGAAUUCCAGACCAUGUGGAGUGUCGUGCAGUGGGGUGCUUUGAUUCCAGAGGAGAUUAACCUGGGGACUAUGUACCGACUGAACACUUAUCCCAUUAUCCAUACUGGCUUCUUCCAUGCUUUCUUUAAUGCUCUGGCAGUCACACCGCUGCUGGAGCGCUUUGAGGCCGAGCAUGGCACUUUGACUGCUAUUGCGUUGUUUAUUGGACCUCUCUCGACUGUCCCUGCUGGUCUUUAUAUCUUGAUUGAGAGGUUCAUCCUACACAGGAAUACUUCAGUGGUCGGCGCAAGCAUCUGGGUUUUCCUGCUUCUCGGUUCUGAAGCUAUCAAGACCUACAAGUCUCACCCCAACUUCAGUCUUGGCCCAUACAAGAUUCCCACCUGGACUUCACCCCUGUUCGCAUGUGUCGUUGUAUCUAUCCUCAUCUCGAACGUGAGCUUCCUCGGUCAUCUCUGUGCAAUUCUUGUCGGAUACCUCCUCGGCCUCGGAUACCUCAAGGUGUUUGUGCCCCCUGAGAAGGUUCUCCGCUGGAUCGAGGGCAAGCUGAACCUCCUGGGACGCCUACCUCACUACGUCUCCGUCGACCAGAAGACCUACGGUCGCUAUGGAUUUCCCGAUGGUCAUUACUCAAUGGCGUUGAAAUGUGAGCAAGCUGGAAUACCACCUGUCUUUCCUGACACCAGCACCGGAGACACCCCCCAACUAACAAGAUGCCAGCUGCAAUCCGCAACUUGGGGAAUAACCCCCCACCUUGUUUUUGUUCGCCUCCCGAAUCUCCUAUCCUUUCUCUGCAUUGUCGUCGGCGUUGUGUGGCUACUGCUCCUACCUCUGAACGAGUACUCCCGACAAACCUACAUCUCCGAGAAUGCGCUCCUGCCGGGCCAAGUCCAUGCAUAUUUCACCGGAAGCGAGCAGAACAUAUUCCGUGGUUACAAGAAAGAACUGGAAGGAUUGUUGAAUGAUGGACAAGCGAGAGGCGGCCAAAAACACGAGGCGGAAGUGACAGCGGCGGUCUCGGACAAAUUGCAGUCAAUCUUGCAUGCAGCAGGCCUUAAAGUUGCUACACAAAAAUACGAAUAUACCUCCGCUGGGAUUACCCACCAGGGAGAGAACACUUAUGCUAUUAUCCAUGCGCCGCGCGGUGAUGCCACAGAGGCAAUUGUGCUGGUUGCGCCAUGGCUAACGGCUGAUGAUGAGUUGAACUUGAACGGUGUCACUCUUGCCCUGACAUUGGCGAGAUAUUUCAAGAGAUGGUCAUUAUGGUCCAAGGACAUUAUUUUCCUAAUUACCCCGGACAGCAAAACUGGAACACAGGCUUGGAUCGAUGCCUACCACGAUAUGCACCCAGCCUCCGUACAGCCACUUCCUUUAAAGAGUGGAGCGUUGCAAGGUGCACUAGUUAUCGAAUACCCAUUCGAUCACCGGUUCCAGACGCUCCAUAUUGUAUAUGAUGGAGUCAAUGGUCAACUCCCCAACCUCGACCUGUUCAACACCGCUGUAGCCAUUGCAGGCGGCCAGAUGGGUAUCGGGGCUAACUUACAAGAAAUGUGGGGCCACGACGACAGCUACGAGCAUCGUUUACAGACCAUGUUCCGUGGUAUGACCAAGCAGGGCCUCGGGUAUGCUACCGGUGCACACAGCAGCUUUAUGCCGUAUCAUAUCGACGCUAUCACCCUGCAGACCAAGGGCGAGGGGUGGGAGGACGAAAUGGCUCUAGGCCGGACGAUUGAGUCUCUUUGCCGCAGCUUGAAUAACUUGCUGGAGCACCUGCACCAGAGCUUUUUCUUCUACCUGCUCAUGCAGUCCAACCGUUUUGUCAGCAUUGGAACCUAUUUGCCCAGUGCCAUGCUGAUCGCUGGAAAUUUCACUAUCAUGGCAAUUGCCCUCUGGAUUCGCACUGGGUACUACCCAGAGAGCAAGCCAAGUGCCAACCCCAAGAAUGAGAAAGCACCUACCGAAGAGAAGGAGAAGCCCAAUACAAUUAGCAUUGCGGAACGACACCUUGCUCUACCACUCUCGCUUGUUGUCGGACUCCAUCUACUCGGUCUUGUCCCGCUCUGGGUCUUUAAUAACGUCUUCCACCAGUACUUCACAACUACCACCUACAUAUUUGUGGUCGUGGACAUCAUCCUUCCUCUCUUCCUCGCCGCAAUCCUCUCUAACGGCCUCGGUCUAUCAAAACCAAUCAUUCCCCAACAGUACCACCUUAUAAAAUCCUUCUCCCUCCUCCUACUAGGUCUCUCCCUCUCAACCCUCGCCACUCUCAACUUCUCCCUUUCAUUCAUGAUUGGUCUACUCUGCGCGCCGCUUAGCUUCAUCACUCGCCUGCGAGGCUCCGCGCCAUUCCGCUUGGCAACUUCCAGUCUGGGUCUAGUGCUUCUCAACCUUCUCUCCCCACCAACUGUUCUUCUAGGUGUCUGCUGCUAUAUGGGGGUCUCGGUCGAGGCUGUCCUCACCCAGGCGGCUUUCGGUUGGGAUGUUUGGGGUAUGUGGACUCAGGUCGUUGUUUGGUGUGUGUGGUGGCCAGCUUGGUUGAUUGGCUAUCUAUACAAGAAGAUGGGUCUCUUUCGAAUCGACUUUCUUGCUCUAUGGCUUCUCCUACUCCAUCUCACAACAGCAACCGCCCCAGUCCCAACCAAAAACGGCUUUUGUUUCAAAUAUCUCAUCCAGGGAUAUGAUACCUGUGCCUUGAUUGCAAAAGCACACCAUAUCACCGAAGCUGAUAUCGAAUCCUUCAAUAAAAACACUUGGGCAUGGCUCGGAUGCAAACAGUUAUACCAGGGUGACUUUAUCUGUCUCAGUACAGGUAAACCCCCAAUGCCAAUGGCCCUUCCUCAAGCUACCUGCGGUCCACAGGUACCUGGGACAACACGUCCGGCCAAAUGGGCCGACCUCGCCGGCAUGAACCCAUGUGCUGCGUCUAAAUGCUGUGCUUUCUGGGGUCAAUGUGGUACCUCCGAUCUAUAUUGUCAGAAUUACCGUGCACCCCCUGCUGGUCCUACAGCCACCGUGAGAGGAGCGACAGAAGCGCCGAAAUCCAAAAUGACUGGCAAUGCAAAGGCAACCGGCGGCGCCGGCUCAAAACCCACCUCCAAGCCCAAGUCCACUACUACUACUACCAAGGCCAAGGGAAUUACAACAACAACUAAACAAUCAACUACAACAAAAACAAAAGCAAAGGCACCACCUGAACCAAAGGGAACCAAUUAUCCUUGGGUAGCUCCGUGGGAAAUCACAUUGUACAGCAAGAGAGGCUGCGAGGGCGACUACUACCAUCUCGAGGGGUAUAACAAGGAGUUCCUCGAUGGUGAGGGCUGCUUAGCGCUCCAUGGUGGUCUGAAUAGCAAGUUCACCGAGACAGGUGUUACCUGUAAAUGGUGGACGGAUAAUGGUUUCACGUGGAGUAGUUGUGAUUCGAGUAAGCUUGAGAAACCGCAGUCGUGGAUUGUUAAGGGUGGGUAUUGUUCUUCGUUCAGUAAGAAAGAUUGUGAUUGCUUCGAUGGGGUGGCGCAGUAUUAUAAACCUGAAGGAUGUCAUAAUCGGACGGGGAUUGAUACGCCUAAUUUUGCGGCUUUGCAGUGUUCGAUUAAUGGAGCGUAA